CCAAAUCGGCAAAGAAGACGUCUUGGGUGGCGGUGGGCGGUGCAUGGCUAUCUGCCAACCGUACGAUGUAGUCACUCUGAUGCGAUGAUUCCCCUGUUCCCCCCCACUCCACCCCCAGGCCAGGCGUUUACAAAGCCUGGCUGGGGCUGGCUCUGAUGGGUGAUGGCCACCACAGAUGAAGACAGUUCCAUAGCACGGUCUUGCAACUCUUCCUCCUCCAACUCCUCCUCCCCUUUCUCUGUCCCUCGUUCUCAGCUCCGGCGCGCGCGCAGAUCGACACACUCCAGUGCCUGGCCCAACAUGGCCGGCGGAGGCACCCGUGCGGGUGCGGAGGGCUACAACUACAAGCCGUGCGUGGCCAUGGUGACGACGCAGUGCAUCUUCGCGGCCAUGACGCUGUGGGUCAAGGCAGCGUUCGGGCGGGGCAUGAGCCCCAUGGUCUUCGUCGUCUACAGGCAGGCCGUCGCCACCCUUGUCCUUGCCCCGAUAGCCAUCAUCGCCAAUCGGGCGAGGCUGAAGGAGAUGAGAGUGGGAAUGAGAAUGAAAGCUUUCCUUUUGGUGUUUCUGGCGGCUUUGUUUGGAGCUACAGCGAAUCAGAACCUGUGCUACCAAGGGUUACACCUGGGGACGUCGUCGCUGGCCACGACCAUGACGAACCUCAUACCGGCGAUCACCUUCGUCAUGGCAGUAGCCGUUGGGCAGGAAAGAGUGAACAUCAGAGAAGUAAGUAGUACGGCUAAGAUCUUAGGCACGGCUGUCUGCGUGGGAGGAGCCAUCACCAUCGCGUUCUUCAAAGGUCCAAAGCUGCCGAUGCAAUUUCUCAGUGACCCGUCCAUGAUUCUGCAUAAGUUUAGCAGCGACAACUGGGUGAUGGGUGCGCUCUUCCUCGUCGGCAGCAGCUCCUGCUGGUCCUUGUGGCUCAUAUUGCAGGGUCCUAUCUGCCAACGGUACAUGGAUCCUCUGUGCCUGUCGGCCUGGACCUGCUUCCUGUCCACCCUGCAAUCCGCCGUGGUCGCUUUCUUCCUGCUGCCGGACCGUAGCGCGUGGAGGAUCCACUCGCUCUUCGAGCUCUCCUGCUACGCCUUCGCGGGCGUGUUUGGGUCUGGUGCGGUGUUCUACCUGCAGUCGUGGUGCAUCUCGGUGAGGGGCCCUCUCUACUCCGCCAUGUUCACCCCGCUCUGCACCGUGCUCACCACCGCGCUCUCCGCCGCCAUUCUCCACGAACAGCUGCACGUCGGAAGCUUGGUAGGGGCUGCGGCCGUCAUCGCUGGCCUUUACAUCGUCUUGUGGGGCAAAGCAGAGGACGCCAGGACGGGGAGGAUACCACCGGCUCUGAGAAGGAAAGAUUGCGCCAAGGCCGCGGCGGCGGACGUGGAGGUGGAGCCGCACCUUCACUCUCACUCUCAGCUUGAUCUUGAGAACACUCUCGCUGCACCUCUCGUGGCAGGGCAGGGAGCGUGCACAAGCACGCAACUGAUCCAUGGAACAGAGUCUCUGCGCCCCCCAACAUUUCCGUGCUCUCGCAUCUCGCUCGCUGUCGCGCGCCAUGGCCGGCGCCCCGUGGGUGGAGCGGUGCGGGCCGAGCGUGGGGAUGGUGCUGGUGCAGCUCUUCUACGCGCUGGUGGACGUGGCACUCAAGACGGCGUACGGGCUGGGCAUGCGCCCCAUCGUCUUCGUCGCCUACCGCCAGGGGAUCGCCGCCGCCACGCUCCUCCUCGCGUCGCUCGCCACCAGGGGGUGCACGCUGCGGCCCAUGGCCGUCGGCGCCCGGGGCUUCGCGCUCCUCUUCGCGGCCUCCCUAGCAACCGCGACGGGUCAAUACUUCUACUUUCAGGGCCUCCACCUGGCUUCGCCGUCCAUGGCCAGGGCCACCACCAACCUCGCCCCCGGCAUCACCUUCGCCAUCGCCGCCGUCAUCGGUUAGCCGGCCCUGCGACGAGAAAGGAACAUUCCAAGGCCUCGCCGUCGCCGUGUGUAGCAGCCCAAAUUCUUACUCCCGCCUUCUUCCGUCCGGCUCGCAGGCUAGAGAAAGUGGAUAUCAGAAGCUUGAGGAGCGUGGCCAAGAUCGCCGGCACCGCCAUCUGCCUCGCCGGAGCAGCAUUCAUGGCGUUCUUCAAGGGCCCAGGGCUCCUCGGCGCGGCUCUUCUCUCGGCGACCAGCGACAGCGACAAAGACUGGGUCAAAGGAGGCAUCUACCUCGUGGGAAAUGCUAUCUGCGUCUCCAUCUGGUACAUCUUGCAGGUGCCGGUCUGCAAAUCAUACCUUGAUCCUCUGUCUCUAGCCACCUGGAUGUGCUUCUUAGCGACCUUGCAAUGCGCGGCCAUGGCGCUCUUCCUGGAGCCCAAUUACCUGGAGAUUUGGAAGCUUACCUCGUUCUGGGAGUUCCCCUGCAUCUUGUAUGGAGGUGUGUUUGCGUCUGGCGCCAACUUUUUCCUCCAAUCAUGGUGCAUAGCCGUGAAAGGACCCCUCUACAGCGCCAUCUUUACGCCGCUGAGUGCCGUGAUCACAGCAAUAUUAUCCACGCUCUUCAUGCAUGAACAACUCCAUGUUGGAAGCGUCUUAGGUGCAGUUACCAUCAUCGUUGGGCUGUACGUCGUGCUGUGGGGUAAAGCGGAUGACACGAAGGGCGGAGAUCUCCAACCCAGUGAUUCCAAGCAGACGGUAGAUGCGGAUUGCAUCCAGACUCGAAUCGAUCUUUCAGAACCAUUGCUACCGACGACGACGAAUGCUAAUCUCUAUUUGAGAACAUGAUAACUGCAUGUUCAAACUUGUUAAUGGUUCAAACUUCCAACGUUUCAAAUGUGGGGAUGCUAUAGUAGGGGAGGUAGCCCACUUGGAGCGGGGGGUCGGGUAAAGUGCAGACAGAGUAAAUACCCCAGCUGCAACGAAAUUAUCUAUCGAGUAAAAUAUUAUACCCGCAUUUUUACCCCGCGGGGCAUAAUACACAAGAGCAUGCACACCCA